AUGAAAAACUUCAGGAUCGCCAUAAUAGUUUCAUUCCUAUUUUUAGCUGAGUUCGGUGCAGCUCAACCUGGAGUUCUUCCAAUAUCGAAAUUUGGCGGAAGACCAAAUUCAGAUAUUACCCAGGCUUUCAUAGAAGCUUGGACUCAAGCAUGUGCAUCUCCAACUCCAACCAAAAUUUUGAUUCCAGCCGGAAAAGGAGUUUUUGAUGGUCAAGGUGCAGCUGUUUGGAAACAAGGUGGAGCUGCUUGGAAGAAAGGUUCAAGUACUUCCACCAGAAUCUCCAUGAAUUUCGGUUUUAAUUUUCUCAACAACUCGAUCAUCCGCGAUAUUACUUCUAAGGACAGCAAAUUUUUCCAUAUUAAUAGUAUUGUCCAUGGAACCAGUGCUCCAAACAGACUCCAUCGAAAAUAA